AUUUUCAAUUCUUAUAUGGCUUCAAAUAUGAGAUUUCUUGUUGCGGGAGCUUCCGCAUGCAAUCUCGCGUCUUCGAAACUAGUAGUUACAAGUUUCAACUCUACUUAUUUUGUGAGGUUUAACUCACAGUCGUUUAAUAUCACGAGUUCUUGGAGUCCUAUGAGUUCGGUGGAUUUUUGUGCAUCCAGGGAGGCGAAGGUGAAGCAUAAGUGGAUGGAGUAUCAAGGAGUGAAUAAUUGGGAUGGAUUGCUUGAUCCUCUUGAUGAAGAUUUGAAGAGUGAGAUUUUGAGGUAUGGAAGCUUUGUGCAGGCCGCUUACCGGUCUUUCGAUUUCAACACGUCAUCUCCGGGGUAUGGCAGCUGUAAAUUUGAACGUGAGAUGGUCCUGACUAGAUGCGGACUCGAAAAUUGUGGCUAUAAAGUGACGAAGAAUCUUCGUGCCACGUGUGGUGUGCAAAUGCCGAAUUGGAUCGAAAGGGCACCGAGUUGGGUGACUACGCGGUCCAGCUGGAUCGGUUACGUGGCAGUUUGUGAUGACAAGGACGUGAUUGCUAGGUUAGGAAGGCGUGAUGUGGUGAUCGCGAUAAGAGGAACCGCCACGUGUCUUGAGUGGAUCGAAAAUCUACGUACCACACUAGCUCCUCUGCAAAAAUGCCACGUAGACCACCAACUCAUGGUGGAAACCGGAUUUUUGAGUUUGUACAUGUCACAGACGGACACGUGUCCCAGUCUGCGAGAUACAUUGAAAGACGAGGUGGCGAGAAUUAUCGAAAUGUACGGUGACGAGCCUCUAAGCAUAACAAUCACCGGCCACAGCCUUGGCGCAGCGCUGGGCACAUUGGCCGCACACGAUAUAAAUUCGAGUCUAAAAGAUUUACCUUUAAUCACAGUUAUUUCAUUCGGCGGACCGCGGGUAGGAAAUAACUGUUUUAGCAAAAGCUUAGAAACAGACGGAAUUCGCAUACUCCGAAUUGUAAACUCGAACGAUGUUAUUACUAAGAUACCCGGUUUUAUCAUCAACCAUAGUAGCAAAAGAAACACUCUCGUUCCAUAUGGUGAUGGAAUGGCAGGUUGGAUCCGGAAACGCGUACACGACACGAAAUGGUUAUAUGCUGACGUCGGAAAGGAGCUAAGAUUAUGUUGCAACAAUCCUCCGUCAUUUAAUGUUGGCAAUAUUGCCACGUGUCAUGAUUUAAAGACGUAUCUUGAGUUAGUGGACGGAAUUGCGAGUUCCACGUGUCCGUUGAAAGACAAAGCUAAGAAAGUACUGCAUGGAACAGAGCAUGAGAAGAGACUUCUGUUCAGAUAAUGAACAUACGUUUAGCUCAAAAAUUAGUUGUCGUCUGUGUUCUAGUCCCGACUGUUUCGAAAUCAUAGUCCGGUCAUUAGUACUAAUAACAACACUUAUAAUUCAUUUGUAUAGUUUAGUUAGGUCAUGCUUUAUUGGUGGUGUUUUUGGUUCCUACCACAAAUCGGUAGCCAGAAUGCCAGAUACUACGCACAAAAAGACACACAGCUAUAGUGAAAAGUACAUAUUCAGAUUCAUUUUCCUCGUGUAUAAAGGUGUUUGAACUUUGAAGAGAAGAUUGAAUGACCAAAGUUAAUCGUU